CUAUAAAUAUACCGCUGUCGAUGCAAACGGUCAAUCAUUUGUGGCUUAAGAGCUCAAGGUGUCAGACAUAGAAAUAACAUAAAAACGGACAUGAAGUUCUUCAUUUUGGCCACCUGCCUGCUGGCUUUAGCAGCUGGAGAUGUGUCCCAUUUGCCAUUGGAACUUUUGGAGGAGCAUCAUGAGCAUGGCUAUGGCUAUGAUUAUCCCAAGCCGGAGGUGCCAUUUGUGAUUGCACCCACGACUGAGCCACCACCGCCGCCACCGACUUAUUUGCCACCCAAACCGGUGCCUACUUACCUACCUCCCCCACCACCAACUACCACUACCACAACUACUACUACCACUACUACAACCACUCCUGCUCCCACUCCUGCUCCUACUUACCUUCCUCCCCCACCACCCACCACCACAACCACCCCCGCUCCCACUCCUGCUCCCACCUACCUGCCUCCUCCUCCACCACCUCCACCACGCACCACUACAACCACCACAACAACCACUCCUGCACCCACGCCGGUACCCACCUACCUGCCACCCCCGCCACCUCAACCAGAGCCAGGCUACCACUACGAUGCACCUGCCCAAGAGUUCAUCUUCUAGGCCAAAAGAAAAACAAUAACCACCGAACUGAAUAUGGAAGAUUUCCCCGGAUUUGUUUUGUUUUAAAUCGUUCCACUAGGCUUACGUUUACAUAAGGCUAAAAAAAACUAUCUCAAUAAACGCUGUUUUGUUAUAUCCAUUA